AUGGCCAAUUACGAGGAAUCAAGCCCUCUUUUAGCAAAUCAAUCUCUUCAUGUAGACGCCAACAACGAUCCACAAUCAAACGUAACCAUCAACGACGAAAAUAACAAGAAAUCCACCACCAAAACCCCGAUCCCCAAUUCACAGAAAGCUGCUGUGGCGGCGGACACGAAGCAGUCUUCACCUCCGGUAGCAUCAGGGUUUCAUCAUGCUGUUUACGGCUGGACUGCUGACGGAUUGCCAUUGACUAAUGGCGGUGCUAAUGUGAUGGGAGAGCCGAUGCCUAGGGCUCAAUGGGACUCAGGUCUAUUCGCGUGUCUAGGUCGUAACGAUGAGUUCUGUAGCAGCGAUCUUGAAGUCUGUCUUCUUGGGAGUGUGGCCCCUUGUGUGAUUUACGGAAGCAAUGUUGAAAGACUUGGAUCUACGCCUGGAACUUUUGCAAAUCAUUGCUUACCUUACACUGGUUUAUACCUAAUUGGGAACUCCUUUUUCGGAUGGAAUUGCAUGGCCCCAUGGUUCUCAUAUCCCACUCGUACAACAAUCCGUAGAAAGUUCAACCUUCAGGGUAAUUGGGAAUCAAUGAGCAAAUCAUGUGGUGGAUGUUGUGAUGUGGAUGAAGAACAACUGGAACAAGCAGAAAUAGCUUGUGAUUUUGCAACUCAUGUUUGUUGUCAUCCUUGUGCUCUUUGUCAAGAAGGGCGUGAGAUUCGUCGUAGGGUUCCUCAUCCUGGAUUUGGGGCUCAACCGAUGCUGGUUAUGAUCCCACCUGGGGAGCAGACCAUGGGUAGGCAUGGAGCUUGA